AUGCUAUCCGUCACAACGUUCUUGUGCCGAAACAUUGCCAGAACAUCCAAGAACCACCACCCCGCCAUUGCCUCCGUCACCAUCCUCCGACCCCUCCAUCCCCGAGCUUCAUUCUCGACAUCGGCCUGCACUAUGGCUCCUGCGGCAGCUGCCCUCGACUUUGUCGACUUUGUAAACGCUUCUCCUACUCCCUACCACGCCUGCGCGACCGCCGCCGCCCGCCUCGAGAAUGCCGGCUUCACAAAGAUCAAGGAGCGCGACUCCUGGAACUCGGCCCUCCACCCUGGCGGGAAGUACUACCUCACUCGCAACGGCUCCUCCAUCGUCGCAUUCGCCAUCGGCAAGAAAUGGAAGCCCGGCAACCCCGUCGCCAUGAUCGGCGCCCACACCGACUCCCCGACCCUGCGCAUCAAGCCCGUCUCCAAGAAGAACAACGUCGGCUUCCUGCAGGUCGGCGUCGAGACAUACGGCGGCGGCAUCUGGCACAGCUGGUUUGACCGCGACCUCAGCAUCGCAGGCCGCGUGCUCAUCAAAGAUGCCGACGGCAACUUUGUCCAGAAGCUGAUCAAGGUCGACAAGCCGCUGCUGCGCAUCCCGACACUGGCCAUCCACCUCGACCGCAGCUCCACCUUUGACCCGAACAAGGAGAACGAGCUGUUCCCCAUCGCCGGCCUGGCCACCGCCGAGCUGAACAAGGGCGCCGCUGCCCAGCCCGAGGCCGACGAGGCCGAUGAGGCCGACGAGGACUUCAAGCCGCUCAAGGCCAUGACGGAGCGCCACCACCCCCACAUCCUCGACGUCAUCGCGUCCCACGCCGAGGUCGAGCCCGAGGCCGUCAUCGACUUUGAGCUCGUCCUGUAUGACGUGCAAAAGUCGUGCCUGGGCGGCCUCAACGACGAGUUCAUCUUCUCGGCCCGCCUCGACAACCUCAACAUGACGUACUGCGCCGUCGAGGGCCUCAUCGCCUCGGUCCGCGAGCCCAACGUCCUUGACAACGACACGACGAUCCGUCUCGUCACUUGCUUCGACCACGAGGAGAUCGGCUCCACCUCGGCCCACGGCGCCAACUCGAACCUCCUGCCCGCCGUCCUGCGCCGCCUCGCCUCGCUCCCUGGUAGCCGUGACACGGCGUCGGACGGCUCGUACGUGGCCGUGUCCCAUGACGGCGACUAUGAGUCGACGGCUUACGAGCAGACGCUCUCGCGCUCCUUCCUCGUGUCGGCGGACAUGGCGCACUCGGUGCAUCCCAACUACGCCGGCAAGUACGAGUCGAGCCACCAGCCGGCCAUGAACGGCGGCACCGUCAUCAAGGUCAACGCGAACCAGCGGUACGCGACCAACUCCCCAGGCAUUGUGCUGCUGCAGGAGUGCGCACGCCUCGCCGGCGUGCCGCUGCAGCUCUUCGUCGUGCGUAACGACUCGCCCUGCGGCAGCACCAUCGGCCCCAUGCUUAGCGCCAAGCUCGGCGUGAGGACGCUGGACCUGGGCAACCCACAGCUGAGCAUGCACUCGAUCCGCGAGACGGGCGGCAGCGAGGAUGUCGGGCACGCGAUCAAGCUAUUUGAGAGCUUCUAUGAGCGGUUCGGCGAGUUGGAGGAGAAGAUUCUCGUGGAUUAG